AUGAAUCUUGAAAAGAAUGGUAAACUGGUUCAGAAGUUUUUUUUAGCUUUUUCUCUCUAUUCGAACGGGAAGCAGCUCUUUGACCUAAAUCAACGUCCUGGUGAAAUAUCAGCCUUAAAUGGAAUUCGAUUUAUUACCUUGACGUGGAUAAUCCUGUGUCACACGUAUGCCUUUGCGCUCCUGGUUUCAUUUCGCGAUCUCUCGGACUUGCAAGAUUCAACUGAAGAUUUAGCUUUUGAAGUGAUAUUGAAUGGUUGGGUCAGUGUUGAUACCUUUUUCUUCCUCAGUGGACUCCUGGUGGCCUACAUUACAUUACGGCGACUUGAAAAGUCUAAAGGAAAAAUGAAUUUUGGACUGUAUUUGUUCCAUAGAUAUUGGAGACUAACUCCGACGUUGAUGUUGGUAAUUUCUAUACUGAUUUUAAUGGAAGGAUUGGGCUCUGGCCCCCUGUGGGACAUGCAAGUACGAAGUGAAGCUGAACGUUGCAGGAGCUCCUGGUGGGCAAAUCUUCUUUAUAUAAAUAACUGGAGAGACCAUAAAUACAGAUGUCUUCCACAUCUGUGGUAUAUCUCUGUGGACAUGCAGCUUUAUGUAAUAUCCUUGCUUAUCCUGAUUCCGCUGUUCUGGAAGCCCAUUGUUGGAUUUUUGGUGCUUUUUCUAAUGGUGCUUGGUUCAAACCUUGCUGUGGGUUUGCUAACAGCAUUCAACAACUACUUUCCAACCGUGUUACAUCUUGCUCCUGAUGCCAAAUUUAAUGAAGAAAUUGUAAUGGAUAUUUACUGGAAACCCUACACACAUAUGGGCCCAUACUGCGUUGGUAUAAUUGUAGCUUACUUAAUCCUACACUAUCGAGAUACCGUUAUAGAUCCGGCCUUGCAGGUAUUCUUGUGGAUCAUUGCUAUAACUUGCAACGUUUCAACUUUGUACGGAGCCUACGAGUUCAAUAGGGGAAACCUCCCUCCCGCCUGGGAAGCUGGCUUGUACGCUUCUCUCUAUCACACUGUAUGGGCUGUUGGACUGGGUUGGUUGACAUUUGCUUGUGCUACAGGCAGAGGAGGUUUGAUCAAUUCCUUCCUCUCGUGGAAAAUCUUCCUUCCUCUUGGUCGACUCACUUACUCGGCCUAUCUAUGCCAUUUUGUUAUCUUCUGGGUAAGGAACGGACUCCAACGUGAACGACGAAAUUUCAGCCAUUUUGAACAGUCUUUUGACUUCGCUGGCUACAUUACUAUGACAAUGUUCAUUGCACUCGGUGUUUAUUUGCUGUUCGAAGCUCCUUUUGGCGCCCUUGAGAAACUUAUGUUUCCUAGAGGGCGUCAAAACAAGGAUGACGUUAAAACCAAACAAGAUACAGAAACGUCCGCACCGACAUUCGGUCGCUGGAAGCAGUGCAGUUCAAAAACAGCGGUAGUCUUAAAACAGGUCAAUUUCAAAGAGAAUAUAUUCACUCUUCCAACAGAAAACACGUAA